AUGAAGUUUCUAGGGUUGAAAGCAGCUGUGACGGCUUUUAUCGCUGUAUCAGCGCAAGCUAAGGUGCUCAUUUGUUCCGACAGCACGACUGCGACCUGGCCCGCCGACUCUGUUAUCCAAGGUUGGGGCUAUUAUAUUGGCGAUUACUUGACUCUUCCGGUCACGAACUUGGCCAAGGCUGGACGGUCUCUCCGCUCUUUCAUUAACGAAGGCCGAUGGGAUACGCUGCUCAAAGAGACAGUAGCUGGAGACUAUGUGAUCAUCGAGAUGGGACACAACGACGAUGGAAAUCCAAAGAAUGACACCAAGGAUCGCUUCACGUUACCGGGAACUGGCAACGAUUUCAUUGUCGUGACCAAUUCGACCGGCCAGAAGGAGACGGUUCACUCCUUUGGCUACUACCUCCGCGGGAUGAUCGCUGACGUCAAAGCGAAGAAGGCUAUUCCUGUCGUUUCUGGCAUGGUCAACCGCAAUUACUGGAAGGGGUCCACUUUGCAGUCUAACUGGCCCUUCGCCGUUUACGCCCAAGAAGUUGCGCAGCAGGAGAGCGUCGCCUAUGUCGACCACACUAAAUACUCUGUCGCAGCAUUCCAAGCUAUGGGACAGACCAAGGCCACGACCUACUUCCCUGAAGAUAAGACUCACACGAGCUGGCCCGGCGCUAAAAUUAACGCUGAAACCUUUGUCGAGGCUUUGAAGUGCGGAUCUGGUGGAAGUGGACUUGUAAAGUACUUGAACGCGGCUGGGAAAGCGGUUGCGUUAACGAGUUGCAAGUGA